CCUAGACUCGAAAACACUUAAGGUCGCAGUGAAGUCUUGGGUGGGGAAGUGGAUUGAGGUCUGGGAUGUCCAAUCACAGACAUUGGAUGUGAGGAGAGGGAAUUUAACGGAGGACACGUCACAUACGCGCCAAUGUUUUGGACCAAAAACAUCAUAGCCGCGUUCAGCUUCACCGGUACUAUCGAUGCCCUCGCCAUGACUAUCUACGAGUUCGAUGCAUCGACACUGCAGACUGUCGGAACUCCCUUCGAAGGUCACACCGACACUGUCACUGGUCUAGCACUUUCAUUCGAUGAAGCUCUUCUCGCUAGUGCUUCCUUCGAUGACACUAUCAGGCUGUGGGAUUGCGAAUCCCGCCAACUCCUCGCCUCCUUCGACGUUCAGAAGAUCACUGCCCUUCUCCUCUCACCCGAUUCGCGCCAACUAGCGUACAAGUCAUACGCCAGUGAUGAUCACGAGAUCUGCAUCUGCGAUACUCCACCGGAUGUUCUUACUCAGGCCACUGGGCGCCGCAGACCACUAAUUUCUACCGUACCUGUGUCGUCGAGACCUCUGCCUACAAUAGACCCGCAGCAACCCGUUUUCGUUCGCCUUCGCAAAUUUCUUUCUUUCUCGUCUCACACAAACGCAGUACAUCCUAUUCGGAACGAUCAACCCCGUGAUCCCUUAGAUUUCUCUGCUACGUUGCCCUUACCCCGCCCUCUCUUGGGGCACACCUCAACUCAGGGACGUCCAAAUAUAAAUUCUGGCGAGAACUCUCAACCAGAACGUCCUCAUCUAUCCUUUGAUGAUUGUUUCUGUAGAAAACGAAUCCGUUCCCUCCUCUCUGGGAGUCAACUGGAAGUUCCGCGCGCCGGUCCAUGUAUCGCUUCUAGUUGGGUUAAAUAGAAUAUAUAAAAUUCGCGAUGCGAGAGGCUGACCCACCGACCCAAAGCGCAAAUUAUCGGGUGGGUCAGUGAUUCCAAUCGAUAUUCCGUCGUCUUGGUAAAGGGCAGUGUUGGUGGUCGUGGGUGAG